AAUGGAACAGAGCCAAGUUAGAAAAUCUUUGCGCGUUAGAAAAUCACGCGGAACAAACAGUUUUUCUCAGACGAAUGAGUCUAGCAAAAAAGCCAAGCACAUAGAAGUAAAAGAAGAGAAUAAAAAUGAAUUUUCGCCCAAUUUUGAAGACUGCAAACAUGAAAGCCUACCUGCGCAACCAACUGAAGUUAAAUUUGAAAGCAAAAACGAAAACUUUGAACCAGGAUCCAAACUUUCUCUUUUCGAGCAAAUGAGGCUAAAAAAUAUUGCUGAAAACGAAAAAUUUUUACAAGAAAUUGAUCUCAAUGCUCGAUCAUCGGUUCUUGGACCUCCGCAAAAACCAAAAGUCCAAAUUCGAAAGUCAGUCCCCUCAAAGCCGAAAAUGAAGAUCGAAUAUUCUGAUGAACCAAGAAGGAAAUCUGAGAGAUUGCAAAACAUAAAGGUCAAUCCUGUUUACAUUGAAUCAGACCUGGCCAAGAUUGUAUCUUCUUACUACGAACCGAAAGUUCCAAAAAUUGAGCCCCAUGUAUACUAUGGAAAUUUGGGAACCUUAGGCGACGAAACGAACCACGAGCAAUUGAAGAAAUGUUUGAGCGAAACUGCAAAUGGAAAAAUCUGCGAAAAGCCGAAAUGUUUGAACGUAGAGGAAACUUUACUGAAGAUGUCAAAAUUGAAGAUUAGAGAAACAGACGUGGCUAAAUGUUGCCAAGGGAGAAUCUACGAUGCUAAAUUUCAUCCCGGGAACAAAUUGUUUCUCGCAACUGGGGAUAAAUAUGGUAAUUUAGGCUUUUGGGAUAUCGACGCCGACGAAAUAGGUGGAAAAUCAUCAGGAUGUUAUCUUCGUCAACCUCAUCAGAUGCCAAUUAGAUGUCUGAAGUUCUCUCACUCUGAUUGGUCGAAAUUGUUCACAUGCAGCUACGACGGAACUUUGAAAUGUGUCGAUUUGAACAACUGUGAGUUCACGACAGUUUGCAGGGAAGAAAACGUGAACUAUCCUCCCAAUGGAAAUAAGUACAGCAGGUUUGGAAACGGGAUGCAUUGGUUCGAUUUCUUUUUUGACGGGAAUUCGGUUGUUGUGGGUGAGGAAUUAGGUCACGUGGUUGUGGUUGAUGCUAGAGCUAGUGAAACUCCUGCAACUGCUUUUGUCAACGGAAUGAAACCUGUUAAAUGCGUGUCUGCGCAUCCGACCAAACCUUAUAUAUUGGCUUCUGAUUACAACACGGUCAAAAUUUGGGAUAUGAGAAAUACUAAGCAAAAAUUUGUGGACGAUUUGUACCAUGGAAAGGUCGCGAAUGGUGCGUUUUUCAGCCCGGUAACUGGAGAUAAAAUUUUGACAACUUGCUCUGAUGAUUAUCUACGUGUAUUUGAUUCUUCUGUUCUAUCGACUGAUUCAAUUAAAACUAUACGCACUGUGAAACACGACAACCAUACUGGAAGGUGGUUGGCACCUUUUCAGGCAAUUUGGCACCCGAGAAACGAAGACGUUUUCCUCAUCGGAAGUAUGGACUAUGCUCGAAAACUAGAGGUGUUUACAACAACAGGGAGCACAGGUUCGAGUCCAGCUCUGGAAAUGGUCGGGAAUGAUAGUAUCUGUUGCAGGAAUGAUAUGCAUCCAAUGUUUGAUAUUGUUGCUGGUACUACUUCGUCAGGAAAAGCAUUUAUUUGGCGCUAGAUGUUGUUACUGUACUAACCGGUUUGCUUGAUAUUCGAUAAACUAAUAGUCAUUUGUAGUGCUUUUUUUUGAAAUUUUGGUCUUUUUGAGUAGAAUAUUUCAAUUCGUUAAUCCGAUCAUAAUCUUUGAAUUUUGUAGCCGAAAGUUUUCGCAGUGUUGUUUGAACGGAUGAAAUUGUUAGUUUUGUUUUCA